UGAUGUGGCAACUCUACCACCACCUAACAAUGCCCAGUUGCCAAGACAACCCACCCACAAACAUCAAGAACUUUAACAACACAGUUUGUACAAAGAAGUUGUGCUAAAAGAGAAUUUUUGCUUGAUCAAUGAUGAAUCGUGGGGAUAAUCAGCAGAAAUUCCUCGGGGACCGCGUGACGUCGGUGGAGAAGCAGUUCAGUGACCUCUGCCAGGGGCUCACAGCAAUGAUGCGGAAGAGUGCCCGUUUGAGGGAUAAAACGGAUGAAUUUGCCCAAAUGCUGCGCCUCCAUUCAUCCACGGAGAAAACCUGCACAAAGUGGACUCGUGGCUUCCUCAAUCUCUCCAAUGCCUUCACUCUCAUGGCUGAUGCGCGAGACAUGGAAGUGAAGCGCCUGGAGAGGAAGCUUCUUCCGGAUAUUGUGCAGUACGACGCUAUUUGCCGCACAGUGCGGGAUGAGGUGAAGCUGGUGGGUUCACUGCGACAGAGACCGCUGCAGCAUGAGCCGAAGAACAGCGACUUGGGUGAAUUGGCGGAAUCCUUCGAGAAGCGCCGCUUGAAUGAUACACGGAGGAUUUUCCUGGAAUUCCUGGCCAUUGAGCUGGCAAUGCAUGCGAAAUCCAUUGAAGUUCUCACAGCUGUUUACCAGGAUAUUGAUGAAAUUGACGAUGAGGUCAAUCUCGAGGAGUUUCGUGAGAAAAUGGAAAGUCAGGAAGCCGCAGGGAGUGCCUUCCUGCAGAAGAUUCGCUCCCAAUCAAUGGGAGCUCUCAAUACGGGAGCUCUGGCGAAGCGCCCAAGUCACGCUUCGAGCAGCAAAAAUCAACCAAUUCUCGUCACACCGCGAGACAGUUCAAUCACCCUGGAUACGCCAAAGAGUAGCGCAAGGACGGAAACCCUAACAAAAGCCUCCUCUCUGGACAUCUUGCACAGAGAGGAAUCACCCCUUUCAGCCACAGAUGACUCCGAAUCGGAGAGUUUGGAGAUUGAAGAGGAAAUAGCCGAAGAUCCACGUUCAGAUAAAUUCAAAUCAAAAUUGGCUCAACUCAUCCGGAAGCAGUAG